AUGGCAUCUGCGGAGGGUGUAGGGUCCUUGGGAUCGCCGACAAAAAAGCAGGGAGCGAUUGAGUCUUCUGCGGAGGACCAGGCACCGGGAGAAUUGAUCAAUGCAUCCGGACAUCGUCAGGAACUCGAUCGAAACUUCAGUUUGCUGAGCAUCUGUGCUGUUGCUGUCACAACUGGAAACACAUGGAUCGCACAAGGAGGCAGUCUGGUUACUGCUCUGAGUAAUGGAGGGCUCUCGGGUGUUAUCUAUGAAUUUAUCGCCGUGUCGGUCUGCUACUGGUUGGUAGCAGCUUCUAUAGCUGAACUCGCAUCGGGUAUGCCUUCGGCUAGUGGUGUCUACCACUGGGCCUCCGUCACUGCGGGAAAAUAUGGUCGUGUAUGUGGAUUCUACGCUGGCUUGUGGAACUGUCUCGCCUGGGUCCUUGGUGCGGCGUCUAUGUCUGCUAUCUUAGGACAGCAGACUGUCUCCAUGUAUGCUCUGAUGCAUCCCGGAUUCGAGCCCAAGCCGUGGCAUGUAUUUGUCAGCUUUAUCAUCUGCACAUGGCUUUGCUGCUGUAUCGUCCUGUUUAUGAACCGAUUCCUCCCGCAUAUCGGUAAUCUUGGAAUGUUCUUCAUCCUUGCGGGCGUGUUCAUUACAAUCCUUGUCUGCGCUGUUAUGCCCCAUGUGAACGGCACCGGCUAUGCGUCCAAUGUGGACGUGUGGCGCACAUGGCAAAAUAGUACCGGGUAUUCGAGUGAAGGCUUCGUUUUCGUUGCGGGAAUGCUCAACGGCGCUUACAGCGUGGGUACACCUGACUGCUCGACCCAUCUUGCAGAGGAGAUCCCUAGACCGAGUCGGAACAUUCCAAAGGCUGUUCUGGCCCAGAUGAGCGUAGGAUUCGUCACCGGCGUCCUCUACAUGAUUGCAGUGUUCUACUCUAUUAACGACCUGGAUGCCGUUAUCUCGAGUGUUUAUGGGUUUCCUCUGGCCGAGAUCUACCGUCAGGCAACAGGGUCUAGGGGGGGAGCUCUUGGCUUGCUGAUCGUAGCCUUUCUCCCCACCGUUAUCACUUGCGCCGGUUGCUAUAUUACUGCUGGUCGUACCUUAUGGACCAUCUCGCGUGAUAAAGCGACUCCGUUCUCGAGCUGGCUUGCGCACAUCAACACCCGCAUGCACAACCCCUUCAACGCUACUCUUGUUUGCGGUGUUAUCGUCACGAUUCUUGCUUGCAUCUAUGUCGGCUCUACCACUGCUUUCAGCGCCUUCGUCGGCUGCUUCGUGCAGCUGUCCAGUCUUUCUUACUGUGCCGCCAUUCUUCCACAUCUUCUGACUCGUCGCUCUACAUUCACACCCGGUCAUUUCUGGAUGGGACGCAUUGGCUACGUCAUCAACGCCUUGUCCUGCAUCUAUAUCCUCGCUUUCGUUGUGAUCUUCUGCUUCCCGUAUGCUUUGCCCACCGACGCAGCUUCGAUGAACUACGCCAGUUUGAUGACGGGAGGAUUGACGAUUUUUGUGACCAUCUGGUGGUUCAUUCGGAAUGGGUCCUAUGAAGGACCGAAGUUCGUCCCUCUGACAGACAAGGUAUUGAUGGAUGACGCUAAAUAA